AUGACGAGCCCUCAGCCGAGCUGCACUGCCAGGGGAAAUGAUGUCAUAAUUACGUUCCCCUUCCCCGAGACAUUCCCCUGCCCCUUCUGCAAUGUAGGGGUGCCGUCGAACUGGAUCCGGUCGGCCGUGUACCAGCGGCACGAGGACCUUGGAAAGCACUUGCGCAUCCAUCACCCUGGCGCAAGCAGGAAGUGGGUCUGCGGGGUGUGUUCCUUCACGGACGACAGUGUCUAUGCACUGAAGAAAGUGAGGAAGCACCACGCAGACUCACAUAAAGGUAGUGCAGAGCCUCGUGCCGCUGGGGCGCGGCCGCCGGUCAGCACGAGUAGUAGCAGUAGUAGUAGUAGGGACGGCGGCAGCGCACCCCCGGCUGAGGGUGAACCAGCCGAGAAGCGACCCUCAAUAGACGCGGCGCCAGCCGAGACGACCCAGAGGCCCUCCCCGUCCCCGUUGGAAGCGGCAGGGACCACCACGCGUGGAGGCGCGCUAACGCGCGCCGCUAAAACUACCUCAACCAACUCCCGGACCACCGUGGCUGCCAAAACCAGGUCCGCGCCGAAGAAGAAGCCAGUAAUCACUUCAUCGGUGACGGGGAGAAAUUUAUUGACGAGCUGGGCCGUGAAAUCCACAGCGAUAAGGAAGAGCGGGACGCCGUCCAGCCCCGCCGAUGGACGACCUCCAUCCACGGGGAGUCCCGCCACCCCGCCGACAGUGGACCUCACCACCCCACCAGCGGGGACCGGCGCUGCUAAAAGGACCAGUGGCGGGCUAGCGUCAAUGAGGAGGCCAAGCGGGGGGGUAACUUCCACCUUAGCCCCCCCACUAAAAGAGAAGGAAACGAGCCCGGGGGCAAAGAGAAGGAGUACCCGGGCGACGACGGAGCCUCCUCAACCUGGCCCGCCCCGACGAACCACCACCACCACGACCAGGAAGGUGUCCCCCGCCGUCACCUACGCAGAGGUCACCAGGGGCACGUCGUCCGUCACCACCACCAUGACCACCAGGAGAAUGGCACGGGCGUCCUCCCUCCCGCCCGUGUCGAAACAAGAGGAAGCCGGGGGCGCGUCUACCACCUUAGCGCCCCCCACCAGACCAGUGACGGCGACGUGCACCUUUGCGACGGCGGGGACACUGACCCUGACGACGACCUCGGUGUACAGCAAACCGGUGGCCGUCGUCACCGUCGCCACAAGGAGGAGCGGGGGUGGAACCUCGCCGAGGGGGAUCAAGAAGAGGAUCCAGGAAGAUACGGUGCUCCUGGAGUCCGCGCCGACGACCAGGGCGCGGGCUGCCAGGGCAACCACGGAGCCCCCUCGGACCCCCCCCAGGACAAGGCAGCAAGCCAGGCAGAGGAAGAGCCCACCACCAUCCACGGGCUCCGCGACGGUGAACGACGUGGCCACCCCAACGACACCGGAGGUGCGCCCUGGUACGAGAAGGAGCACCCGGGCAAAAACUCUAUCGCCCGGGUCAACACAGGAGACGAGGAGGGGGGACGGACCUACCACCAUACCGUCCCCCAUUACAGGGCGCACCUGGAGAAGGAAUCUUCUCCCAGCUAUUGCCGAGGCGUCGCCAGCGGUCACUGCGGCGCCGGAAAAGACGAAGAGGAAGGAGCAGGAAACGAGGACAGGAGUGGAAGAGGAUGUAAGGGACUGGCGGGACGUCACGCCGCGGAACAGGAGGAGAAGGGCUGGGCGGCAAGAAGAGGAGGGAGAUCUGACGACCCCGUCACCGAAGACGCCGGCGCGGCAGCCACGGCAGCAACAACAACAACAGCAACUCGAUGAGGAAGUGGCCCGGGAGCCACGCGUGAUUAAGUGUAACCACCAGCAGCGCGACUAA